AUGGUGCGCCUCUUCAACGAGGAGGUAGGGGAGGAGUACAUCCAGACCCGGGAGAUGCGCGACACCCGCCUGGUGGCGGAGGCGGUCACGGCCAGCCUGCACGCCUCCGUGGCAUCGACAGUGUCGGCGCUCUCCACCAGUCUCCGUGCGGCGCGCCGGGUGGAGGUUUGCGACGAGGUGCCUUGCUGGCAGGAGCUGGGGGUGCGGGGCGUCCAGUUGCACCGCUGCCUGCAGGUGAGCUCCGUCGCCGACCUGCACCGGAGCGCACCCGCCAGCCUGACGAGGAGAUUCGAGGUAGGCGCCGCCGACAUCAAGGUCGGGGUGCGCCCGUUCUCGCAGGGCGAGACCCGCGCGGCACACCAUGCCCUCAUGGACGGGCGAGAGGCCUACGUGGCGAAGUUCAUAAAGGAGGAGGCCGGGGCGCCCGACGGCGAGGAGGGCGAGUGGCUGCUGGAGGAGAUGCUGGCGCUGAGCGAGGCGAGCGCCGUGGCCGCCUUCCUGGCCCGCGAGUUCAGCGCGCAGAAUCCAGCGGGGCCCCGGGUCGAGUUUCUGGAAGCACCCGUCGCGGUGCCGGCCGCCGGCAGGCCCUUCAACCUGGAGCGGGCGGUGCCCGCUGCAGAGUUUAGGCGCUUCUCCAACAACCUCGGCUGGUGGGAGCCAGAUGCUGACGAGGUCCUGAUGCGCUUCGCCCAGUUCACGCACGAGGCCACGGGGGGCUACAUGAUGGUCACCGACCUGCAGGGGGUGCGCACCGCCGAGGGCGGCUUCCUGCUCACCGACCCCUGCGUGCUGUGCCACGACGUGAUGCGCUUCGGCGGCGGCAACAUGGGCCAGCGGGCCAUGGAGCGAUGCACGGCCUCGCUCGCGGCCCUCCUGGACGCCCCCCAGGAGCCUGACAUCAUCGUCGACGAGCCCGCGCCAGAGCCGCGUGCGCACCGGCCAGCGCAGGAGCAGCCGUCUGGGGCCUGCUUCCCCAUCCUGCCCAUCGUCGAAGGAGAGAACUCGCCAUAA